AUAUUUGAUACGACAGAAAACAAAAUGUCACGAAGAUAUGACUCUCGAACUACCAUAUUUUCACCUGAAGGUCGACUCUAUCAGGUGGAAUAUGCAAUGGAAGCAAUUGGCCAUGCUGGAACCUGCCUCGGGAUUUUAGCAAACGAUGGUGUUUUGUUGGCAGCAGAGAGACGAAACAUACACAAACUGCUUGAUGAAGUCUUCUUUUCUGAAAAAAUAUAUAAGCUGAAUGAUGACAUGGCUUGCAGUGUUGCAGGGAUCACAUCUGAUGCAAAUGUUUUGACAAAUGAACUCAGGUUGAUUGCUCAGAGAUAUCUUCUUCAGUACCAGGAACCAAUCCCUUGUGAACAGCUGGUCACAACACUAUGUGAUAUCAAGCAAGCUUACACCCAGUUUGGAGGAAAGCGUCCAUUUGGUGUUUCACUGCUCUAUGUGGGAUGGGAUAAGCACUAUGGCUAUCAGCUUUAUCAGAGUGACCCCAGUGGAAACUAUGGAGGCUGGAAAGCCACAUGCAUUGGAAAUAACAGUGCUGCUGCAGUGUCCAUGUUGAAACAAGAUUACAAAGAAGGAGAGAUGACUUUACUAUCUGCCCUUGCAUUGGCAAUUAAAGUGUUGAAUAAAACCAUGGAUGUUAGUAAACUAUCAGCGGAAAAGGUGGAAAUCGCUACAUUAACUAGAGAAAAUGGGAAAACAAGAAUAAAGGUUCUGAAGCAGAAGGAAGUUGAAGAGCUAAUUAAGCAGCACGAGGAAGAGGAAGCAAAAUCUGAACGUCAGAAGAAAGAAAAGGAACAAAAAGAAAAGGACAAAUAAAAAUGUGAUUUGAUGCAGAUUUAGUGUGCUGUGUACCAGUGCAAAUCUCUUUGCCUAGAGGAUAGAAUGGCAGUCAAGAUAAGUCAUAUCUGGAUAGUGAAACUGCAGUAACUCAUAGCUUGAUAUUGAAUCUAUUUGUGUACACAGCGGGAACUCAUUAAUUCCACACAGUCAGUUGUAAUUACUAUAUGGAUUUUUAUAAACAAUAAAGGAAGGAAUUGU